AUGGAUCCAUUACCAAAGAUUCGAUUACUAUUAAACGACAAAACAACUAGUGACUUAAUAAUCCGUAUUGAUGGAAAAAUUUAUUAUGCACAUAAAAUUAUUCUUUUAUUAAAAUCUGAAUGUUUUUGUAAAAUUUUUUCUAAAUAUAAAAGUAAAUAUUUUGAUCUUAGUUGUUCUAAACAAUCUGUUUUUAGUGUAUGGUAUGAAUACAAAGAUGCCGUAGCUCAUGAAACGGAAGAGAAUGGUGAAACUAGUAAAAGUUGUUCAGUGACACGAGAUCAAAAGAAAGUUGAGAUUUAUUAUGAUUAUGAAAUUUUUGGUCAAUUUUUAGCGUAUUGUUAUGGAUGGUCAAUUCAGGAAAGAACGACAGAUGAAUUGUUCACGAUCGCGUACUUGGCAAAAAAAUUUGACGUACCUGAUUUAACAAAUUUAACAGAUUCUUUGUUAAAAUUUCUUCCAAAAUCAUGGAAAUCAGAUGAUAAUAUUUGGGAAGUUGGAUUGAUGGUUAGUAAAUGGUUAAACUUGGAUCAAACUAGAUUAGCUAUUUUAGAAUUUUUGGUAAAUUGUUUGUCAAACGCUGAUGAUAAAAGUAAGACGGAAAGGAUUAUAAUGAGAUUGGAAAAAGAUGAUUUAAAGGAAGUUGAACGAUUAAUGUUGGAGGUUUAUGGACAGUUGAAUGCAAAUGCUGAAGGACAAGAAAGCGAUGAUGAUAGUGAGGAUAGCGUAGAAUCAGAUUCUUCAAAUUCAGAAGCGUCAUGUGACACGACUAAAAUAGAAAAGCUAGGAAAUAACGAUAACACGCAUAAAAAGGAAACCACCAAAAAAGAUGACGAUUCCUCUAGUGAAUCAAGCGAUGAGUCUAGUGAUUUAUCUGACUCAUCAUCAUCAACAUCGUCUUCAUCGUCGUCCUCAUCCUCAACAUCAUCAUCCUCAACAUCCUCAUCCUCAACAUCGUCAUCAUCUUCUAAUCAGGGCAAAUCAACACUAACUAAAUUGGGAAGUAUAUUCCAAUCAAAUGGCGAUGUCACCUCAGAAGAUAAUGACUCUUCAAAAAAUGAAACCCCUUCUCAAAACAUGAUUCAAAUGGAUUUCACUUGUGAUUCAAAUGAUACUUGUGCUAAAGCUAAGAAGGCAUUCGAAACAGCGGCAAAUAUUAUUAGCACCAAGAUAAUUUUGACUACACCGAUAUUAGUGAAUGCAUCAUUUGUAAAUUUGUCCGGUGCUGCUGGCCCAUCAAGAUUUAUUCCGUUAAAAGACAAAGAUGGUGUCACCCGAUUAUACCCUCAAGCUCUUGCCAAACAAUUUCAAUUUGAUACACAUCCAGAAUAUUCUAAAUAUGAUAUCACCGCAGCAUUCACUUCUGUAGGCAACAGAUUUUGGUUCCAAGGUGAUCCGUCACCACCAACUAAUCAACAAGUGGAUAUUGUUUUAGCCAUUGUACACGAAAUGAUGCAUGGCUUAGGUUUAUUAUCAAGUUGGGAUAAUUUUUUCAAACCUGAUAUACCUGAUGCAUUAACUCCAUUCCCAAGUUUUAUUAUGAGUAUAGAUGGUCCUGAUACACCUCCUAAAAAUGGUACAAUAACAUUCACAGGAUUUCAAGAAACUGCAUUGGAUAGAUAUUUGGUUUUUACAGAAGACGGAACACCUAUAUCGACAGUUACCUCUAAUAUUAAUCAAUUUGCUGGUGGAGUUAAUUCUGGAGCUAAAUUUGAUAAUAAAUCAGAAUUUAUCAAAGCAUUUAAAUCUUCACCACAAUUUACAACGGCAGCAAAUAUAUUUAAAAAAGCAUCUACAGCAUCUUCGAUGGCAUUUAUGCCACACGAUGCAAAAAACAUAAAUGAUUCGUGUUUACUUGAAACCAGUAUUGUACCUUAUCUUUCUGGGUCAAGUAUUUCACAUAUAGAUUUUAAUACAUUUGCUAAUACUACGGACUUCUUGAUGGUAUGGAAAGCUCCACGUGGUAAAACUGUUAAUGAUUUUACUAAUGGAACAGAUCCAUCAAAUAUUAUUGGACCAAAACUUACCAAAAUUUUAGAAACUUUGGGGGUGUACGAAGUUGUUCUGAAAAUUUGGAAUAGCGGUGAAGGUGUUCUUGACAUUUCACCUGCCAAUUUAAAAUUAGAAAUUCCUAAAAAACCUGAAGACUUUGAAAUCGAAAAAUUUGAUACAGAGAGGGGUGAUGAAAAGGCUUUAAUAUUACUUGAUCACAUUAAUCGUAAAGUUGUUAAACAGACUGUAAUGACAACUGUGUACGGUGUAACAUUUAUUGGGUCUAGGUUACAAAUUGAAGUUCGGUUCAAAGAAAUCGAAAGUAUACUACAAGAGCGACUUCAAAAAUGUGUGUUUAGUUGCUUAGAGGAAAUUUUUAAAGGAGCAAAAGCAAUUCAAGAAUGGUUAAGCGAAAGUGCUAAGUGGAUUGCUAAAAUCUUGUCACCUGAACGCGUGUUAAAAUCUGCUGAAGAGAUUAAAAAUGAAAAUGAUAAUUUAUCUGAAAUAGAAGUUGGGGAUAAUAUAAAACCUUUAAAGAAAUCCAUAGUUAAAAUUCCGCCUAAUAAAUCAGCAUCAGAUCAAAUGACUGCAGUGGUUUGGACGAUUCCACUAGAUUUGCCAAUAGUUCAGCCAUAUCGAAGGCCAAACAAAAGGCAAGUUAAAACCUAUCUGCAAUCAAUUAAUAUUAUAGAUUCUGAAACACCUAGUCCAACUAAAUUAGAAAAGGUUGUGAAACUUAAAUUGGACAAUUCCAAGACAAUACCACCCGUAGUAGUAGUAGAUAAUGGAUACGAAGAUACCAUAAAUUUGAACGAUUUGAUUAAAAUGACACAGAAAUCCCAAUCAGAAGAUAUAAAAUUAGAGUCGGAAAAUUAA